CUUCCACCUCACACUUAACGUGGUCGUUAGCGGUCCCAGGCGGGGAGCCCCUCCCGGUUCAAACCUGAUUGGCCAAAGGAAAGGUCCCAAGGAAGAGUGAGGACAGGAAACUGGUCACAGGCUCCUGUGCCCAUGGAGCCAAGGCCUGCCACCAGAUACAAGGAGAAUGUACCCCCAAAGACUGUGACCAUCCUGGGACCAGAGCUGAAGAGACCCUGGAGGAACAUGGACAUCAGCCUGGGGAACAGAGGAGGCCAGAGGACGCCCGUAUGCCAGGCUGCCACAUGCCCCCAAGGCUCAGUGUUAUGCCAGAAACCCUGCCAAGUUCAAAGUAAUCUGGCCAGCCCCCACCUCUGCCUGGCCCCUGCCCUGAAGGGCACCACUGACCAACUAGGUGACACAGGUCUUUGGCAACAGAAUAACCUACAGCUUCCAGCAGGGAGGUCCCCAGGGAGGCCCCGAGAGCCCUUUGCACAGCAGAGUAACCUGUGCUACCGAGGGAUCCCUAGUCCCCAUCUGCAGAACAGCUGCUUGCCACCAACAGUCCCAUUCUCCUGCCAGAGGCAGACACUCAGGGUCACAGACACCCUCUACUUGGACUCUAGACUCUCUGGGGGCUUGGCACCUCUUGAUAGGUGCACACGGCCUGGCCCUAGGUCCUGGUGUGGUUCAGGGAACAGGGUACCCAGGCUCAUGGGGGAGCCCCUUACCUUGGAGGAUCUGUCUGUGUCUGCCCACAGCCAGUCUUGGGCCCAUUCCUGUUCCUCGUGCAGUGCUGACCACUGGCUGCUGGACUCCAUUCCACACCUAGAGCCUGAGACAACCCGUUCAGGGAGCCUGACAUCCCAGGAGCACCCAACCCCUACAAAGAAGGGGCCCUACACUGGUGGUAGCCAGUCAACCCCUGCCCAGCGUUGGCCCAGUCUCCUGGAGACUCUAGAGGUUCAAGCUAGACUCUCAGAGUCCCCUGUGUUCAAGCCCCUGUUACAUGAGGCCACUCUGGGAACACUGCCUGGGGAUUUCUCUGACUCAGACCAGGAGAUCCUUUCUACCCGGCCCCUUGGGGCAAGAGAGAAAGGCUCCCCAGGCCUUCCACACAACAAAAGGAACAGAGGGCACUUCAAUGUCACAGGAGAGACAGGGAGGAGGGAGGCCAGACUCCAAUCUCCAACCUUCUUCAGUGUCCUGCCUGGGCAGGAAGGAAGAGAGAAGGCCCCACAGGAAAAAACAGGCAGGGAUGGGGAGAGGAUGACCUCCUGCCCAUCAAAUACAACCCCAGCUCAGAGUACUCGGCAGAACAAGGCUCAAAGUGUCAGGACCUCAGAUCCCCAGGCUGCUUGCCGGAAACUGCUGUCCAGAAGCUUCAGAGCCUGGAGGCGCCUGUCCCAGAGGCACCAGGCAAGAGCUGAGGCCGUAGCUCAGAACCACAGGCGGCUGAUUCGAAAGAGCCUCAGACUACUGCGCUGUGUCCUACGGCUCCGCGAGGCCCAACAGGAGGCAACGUGGGGACAGCUUGCAGAGGCCCUGCAGGCCUGGAGCUUCCAAGAGGGGAGCCAUGGCAGUUUGCAGCAGAAACAGGAGCAACCCCACAGCCAGGCUGCAUCACCAAUCCUUGCUUCUAAGGGAAGUCCUUCCCUGGGAAGAAAAGCAACCAUGGACCUUGCCUGUAAAUGCAGGUGCUUUAGGGCCUGGCAACAGCUGGCUCAAAGAGCGGCCCAGUACAGGAGACACCUGGCCCACCGAAGGGUGAGGCUCCUGAGGAUAUGCCUGGGACAGUGGCUGAAGAUGAGGCAGCUCCAGGCCUCAGAUGUGGCAAAGGUGGCUCAGUUGGCCUUCUGCCAGCGGAAGGCAGGGAAUAAGGCCCUCAGCGUCUUAGUCCCAGGAACUGCCACCACCCAUUGCCUGGAGACAGCGGUCCAGGCCCAGCAGUUACCCAUGAAGCCAGGUUGGUGCUCCCUAUGGGAAGCCUGCCAAAUGUUGGCCCUGCACCGGGUCCUGCUGCUCUGGAGGACACGACUCUACCAGCACCAGCAAGCCAUCUCCUUUUCGCAGGGCAUGCAGAAGCGGGUUCUGCAGUACUUCCUGAGGCAGUGGCGUUUGAGGGUCUGGGGUCUGGACCCUCCCUCACGCAGCCUGGAGACCAUGUUAGCCCUGGAGCCAUGGGACAACAGCCCGGGAGGGGAGGCUUGGCCCAGCUGCAGAACAUCAGGAGGGUCACUGGAGAAGGUGCGGGUCCAGCAGACUCAGGGCGCAGUGAGGUGGUUCGGGCGUACCCUCCAGAGGCGCUAUUUCCAGGCCUGGUGUGAACGCAUGAGGGACAUAGCAGUGUCCCAGGGCCAGCAUCAAGGACGAGCCUUCCAGGACGACCUGAGAAGAGGCCUGGGGGCCACACUUGCUGGCUCACAGGAGGCCUGCAGAGCAGGGCCCCUGGCACAGGAUUGGUGCGUGGCCCAGGCCUCUGUCCUAGGCUGGAGAAGCUUUCCUCAGCAGUGUGGAACUGACAGACAGCUGAGGAGGGCCCAGGCCCAGCAGCCUUUUGUGGUAUGGAAAGUCACCCUGGGGCAGUGCUGUGAGGUCCGGCAACAGGGAGGAAGGAGAGUUCAAGUCCUGCCCGCAGUCCAGGUGGCCCUGUGCUGGGUCCUGUGGGUGCACGAGUCCCACCUAGGCCAGAUCCACCAAGAUCAUGCUGCCCAGCAACUGACAACCAGGGUCCCAGAGGUCUGGCUGCAGCUAGCAGUCUGGAGUCAUGCCCAGCACACUGAUGUCACCCACUGUUGGCAGAGGCUUCUGUAUCUUCUUAGGACAUACUGGGUUCAGUGGCGGUCAACUCAGUGGAGACAGACCCAGGCACAGGGCAUGAUCUUCAGCAGAGGGCAUCUCCUGCAACAGACGGACACCCCAAACUUUUUGAUACAGCUGAGGUGGGCUCAGACCCACAGCCGCUGGACACCCGUUAGACCGAGUGCGGUGCCCAGCCUGGCAUGGCAGCCUGGAAGAGGCAUACAGAAGACCACAUCCUGUGCUCACAGUAAGAAGCUGAGUCCCGGGGUCUCAGCCCUCAGGCCUCACCUGUGAAACACUGCCCCUGUUCACAGCUGUUGGGUGAUUCUCUUCUACCCCCAUUAGCUCCUUGGGCCAUCCUACAACCUGGGUACCUGAGAGUGGCCACUGCUCCCCCAAACCAAGGCUUAUCCUCUUGAUGGAAUUCUCUCCAGGUGACACAGAGUGGCCUCUCUGCCCAACCUUCCAGUUCUGGCUGCCACUGCCUGCGUGGGCACAGCCCCCUACAGGACUAGGCAAACACUGCAGCUCUGAGACCAGGGCCCUCCAGGGCCAAGGCGAGGCUCCUCAAAGGUGACUAGGGCAGGAGCGACUGUGCAUGUGACAUCAUGGAAGAGGGGUGGUCACCUCAGGCCAGUAACUGGGUGACCCCAGCAGGAUGGCCCUAGGGACUUGCUUUUCACCUUGCAGAGGUUAUGUUGUACUUGGCCUGCAGGAAUAGGCACCUACAGCGUUGGCAGAUCCAGGCUUCGCAGCGAGCCAGGUGCCUGACAAGGGCAUGGCAGCUCUGGGUAGAUGUUCACUGGGCGGAGCAGCUGUCUAGGACCCUGGUAGGUGGGCUUAGUUCCUCUCCAUCCUGCAGAGGCCCUGGAACAGAUUCUCUCAUUCAUCGUAUCCCUUGGCCGACUCUAGACAAACCUGUAUCUCGCUGUGGUCUCUGGACUAGAGUCAGGAGUCCUUGUCUGCUAACAUUCUUAGAUGAUGGCCCCCUUGUCACUUCCCUUUCUCCCUGGGGCGGCAGAAGUAGAAGGGCUAGGGCUGCCAGGACCAGAACGGCAAAGAGUCUUUUCUGUCAACUCUCUCUGUAGCUCAGACAGUGGCACCUGGAACAGGCCUGGAGGACAUGGCGGAAAAGGGUCCUUCAGCUGCAGGUGGCUCAGCGGUUACUCCAGCAGGAAGAGAGCUGGGUCCUUUCCCAGGUGGCUCUACCUCACCUCGCCUAGUCAGCCUUCCAAACCGUGUCACCUUUGGGCUGAGCCAGGGAGAAGGGAGGGGUUGUCCCUGCUCAGCACCCUGAGGUUUCCUCAUUCAGUAAGCUGAUCAAUGGUUACAGAGCACAGUGGUUAUUAGAGCCCUUGACUGGUGGCCAUAAGCCCAGCCCAGUGUCAGUCACUCAAUCUGAGACCAGGCUGUUGUUGGCACUGGCUAUCCAUGCUGGUCCCUGCAGGGCCUGGGUCAUUUGCAGGUCACUGGGUACAGCUUCCCAGGGCCACAAGUUCAGUCUAUUCAAAGCCUGUAUGUUUGGGUUGAGAUAGGGCGACCCGGCUGCGAGGGCAGAGGAAAAGGCCUCUGGUUGAGAUACACAGAGCAUGGCUCAGGUGUCAGUCUGACAGGCCCUGGAGGGAGCCGAGAUCCAUGUCCUUUCUUGUCCCUCCCUGCUUCCAGGCCUUUGAAAAGUGGUACCGGCGCCUGGUAGCCAGGAACCCACGAGAAGAACCAGACGUGGCAGGUGUGGAGCAGAGCAGGGCCCAGCAGCAGCUGUGCUGUGAGCUACGCCCGAGAAACAAACGGAACCAGGCCAGGCCCACAGCUGAAGGCUCAGCUCCCAGAGCUCUGGGGGCACAAUAAAGAACGUCCCUUCCUCCA